CACAGUUAAUAUUCUUCAGAAAUGCCAGCUGGAGUUUCUUGGCCACGCUACCUAAAAUUUUUUACAGCUGCAAUGUUAUCCAUGUUAGCAGGAUCACAAGUAGUUCAUAUGUAUUAUAAACCUAUGGCAGAUCUUGAUAAGUAUAUAGAAGAAGAAAGGAAGCACCAUAAAUUAUAGUCUUCAUUUAUGUACAGUCUUUAAAUUUUAUUUGAAAAUAUGUAGAUACAAUACAAAAACAUUGGCAGUGAAUUAAACAAGUUGGUUUUCUUAUA